AUCAUUUAUCCGGAUAGGAUUGGUAUUUACAAGUAUCGUUUGUACAUGUCCACUGAGUUAAGUGUUCAACAUACUACAACCUAAAUAACCUGUUUUGUAAAUAUUUAUGAAUGAAAUUAUAAAUUAUCAUACCCGAUAGAGAAAGUGUUAAAGAGAUUUACUUGUGUAGAUCGAUUCAUGUUCUAUGAAUAAAAAUAUUAACCUUAUCGAAGAAUAUUUUUGUGAUAGCUUAUUAUAGUUUAUUUUUUAUUUAUUAUUAAUAUAAAAAUGUCUGAAGUAACGCCAGAAGAAAAUCGUUUUAAGCAUUCUUGGAUGAUAAGACCAUGUGAAAUAUACAAAGAUGAGUACAGUGAAUGCAAAUAUUGGAAAUCCCGUUUUCAUCAAUACUUCAUAUAUGGCCAUAAGAUUGAUUGUUCUUCAUGGAAGGAAGAUUUUAAAAAUUGUGAAAUUUGGGCAGCAAAUAAAUCAGAGGAUGCAUACAAUGCAAUAGUAGAAAAUGAAAAAAAACGUAGAAUGAACAGAUUAAAAGGACAUUUUGAGAAUAGAGUUUGGAAAAAGAGAGAUAAACCACCGGAAGAUUGGAAUAAGCCUUUACCCGAAUGGAUGCAAGAAAACUUCAAAAAUACGUAUUUAGAAAAGAUGAAGAAUAAAGAAGCGCAAGAGGCGUUAGAAAAAUUAAAUACAUAUUGUGUCAUAAUGUAAUAUCCUUUUUUGGUGUCAUACA